AUGGGCGCCGACGGGAAGGUCCAGAUCUGCUACGACUUUACCAAGGGCAUGUGCACGCGCGGCGACAAGUGCAAGUACAGCCACGACAUCGCGACCAUCGUGCACUUCAACAGCCGCGAGAAGGGCAUCUGCUUCGACUACCUGCGGAACCAGUGCCACAGGGGGCUGCUGUGCAGGUUUAGUCAUGACCUGUCGAACAUCGCGCAGCAGUGCCAGCUUGUGUGCUGA